AUGAGUUAUAAGUUUUUUCAUAUCUAUACUAAUAUUUCUAUCGAUGAUAUCAAAGACAAAAAUGAUAAAGACGUUAAAAAUGGUAAAGAUAUCAAAGACAAUAAGAAAAUUAAAGUGACAG